AGAAGGCAUUGCAGAAGGCAACACUGUACAAGCCCUAAAGGAAGUCUAAGAGACAACCGCCUUCCUCACUGAAGCUUCUAGAACUAGAGCAGAAAGAAGGUGCGGCCCAGGGCCAGCCCCGCCUCCUCCCCGGGCGGAAGUCGUGUCAGUUGCCGGAAGUCGCCGUGGGGUGGGGCUUAUGCAGCGGCGUGGUGAAAUAGAUUAUGGCGACCGAGGGGGAUGUGGAGCUGGAGUUGGAGACCGAGACCAGUGGCCCAGAGCGACCUCCCGAGAAGCCACGGAAACAUGACAGCGGUGCGGCGGACUUGGAGCGGGUCACCGACUAUGCAGAGGAGAAGGAGAUCCAGAGUUCCAAUCUGGAGACGGCCAUGUCUGUGAUUGGAGACAGAAGGUCCCGGGAGCAGAAAGCAAAACAGGAGCGGGAGAAAGAACUGGCAAAAGUCACUAUCAAGAAGGAAGAUCUGGAACUGAUAAUGACUGAGAUGGAGAUAUCUCGAGCAGCAGCAGAACGCAGCUUGCGGGAACACAUGGGCAAUGUGGUAGAGGCGCUUAUUGCCCUAACCAACUGAUGCGUGCUUUCUUAGAUAUGCCUACUGGAUUAAUUUAUGGCAAUAAAUUUUUUUUUUGUCUUUUUUUGGUUUCAUCA